ACAGAGGGUGCCGCCAAAAGGGCUUUAGCUCUAGAUGGUUCUGAUAUGGGAGGUUUUUUUCUAAAGAUACAACCAUACAAGGCUAGCCGCAAUCAGAAAACUGAUUUCGCGCCGGAGAUUAUUGAUGGAUACAACCGUAUCUAUGUUGGGAAUUUGUCCUGGGACAUAUCAGAGGAUGAUCUGAAGCAAUUAUUCUCAGACUGUAAGAUCUCUUCAAUCAGAUUUGGCACUGACAAGGAGACUGGGGACUUUAAAGGCUAUGCUCACGUCGAUUUUGCCGACUCGGUCUCCCUCACCAUAGCAUUGAAGUUUGAUCAAAAGGUUGUGUGUGGCCGGCCGGUGAAAGUACGAUGUGCUAUGCCGAGGAAGAGCGGGCAGACCGAAUCUGGUUCUAGAUCUUAUGAUAAGCAGCAGGAAAGUAACCAGGUAGGAGAUGGCUCUAGUGCUGGGAAAUCCAAAAAGAAGAGGCGAACUUGCUAUGAAUGUGGCACCCCAGGUCACCUUUCUUCUGAAUGCCCCCAGAAAAGAGCUGGUGGUGAUCCAGUUUCUGUUUCUUAAACUUCAAAGGUGAUUUUAGUGUCCUGGUGAUUAAAGGCGUGUUAGGUUUUGUUUGGGAUGGCUUUCUUGCUGCUUCUUAAAGCAACUUCCUAGUACAAAGUAGCUGCUUUAAGAAGCAGAAAGAAAGCCGUCCCAAACAAAGCCUUAAUCAUUUAGAAAUUUUGUAUUCAGAGAGCCUAUGGAUUACAGAUUGUGACGUGGAUGAGAGAAAUGAAUAAAACUUGCAUGACUGGCCUAGCUGAAGCGUGUAUGAAGAUGAACAUCAGAUUGUCAGAAUCUGCGUUGGAACUACUGGCAUGGAUCAAGGUUUGACUCACCUAAUCGAUCACAAUUGAUCAGAUCAGUUAUGGAUAUUGAUCAUGGCUACUUUAUUGAUAAGGUAGAAGAGAUUUGAUUUGGAUUUUUGUUAGUGUGUUAUCAUUAAUUGUAUACAUUUUAUGAACUUGUUUAGAUCUUUAAAGGGUAAUUUUGAUUGAGAAAAUUGAGAAUUGUG